CUCUACAGCAUAAGCUGACAGGCUGCAGCAGCGUUGACCAGGUCCCUCAGUCGCGCUUGGUUUCGCUAGUUUCAGUGUGGUGCGCGCCGCGAGAGACACAGAGCAAGUAUGCGUCAACAGAGUUGAACGCGAGCAGCAGGAAGAAGGUUCUUCACAGGAGGUAGAGCCAAGGUGUUUUUUGGAUUUCGCCGAAUUUCGCUGAAUAGACCCCGCGCGGUUAUCUGUGCGCGCCCGACCUUCGAUGAAUCAAAGUUUCGCGAGCUGACACGCGCUGAAUUCGCAGUGUGGCGUAGGUUCUUCUGCACAACGCAGCACGACUUCACAGAUCUUCGUGGUGUGGUUGUGGUGGUCGUCCCUUUUGGAGUUGCUCUGCUGCUGCCUUCCCGAGGGGUGAUACCAGUUUCGAGCGAGCGUUUGUGUUAGUGCGAGAGUGCGUUUCAAGGUGGAACCAUCUCUCGUGUGCAUCAGUACUGCUGGACGACGGCUACGGCGAAGACACGGUGGCGGAGGUGUAAAUAAAGAGUCUUGAAACAACUCGAGCAAGCCAAAAAAAUGUUCACCAAGCAACUCCUGUCGUGGCUGCUGGUCAGCGGAUUCGUGAUCGUGUGUUCCUCAGCUGGCGGCAGCGGCGGUACCGGCAGCAGUGGCGGAUCAGGGGGUCGCUCCGGCGGUCUCUACAACUAUGGUGGCCUGGCCGCGGCCAACAGUGGCUUGUCGCACCCGUCCUCGGCCGCGAUGCUCGCCGGAUCGAGCUCCCGGGGUGCGCCGUCGCGGUUCUACAUGCCGGCCGGACUCGGCAACCCUGAAGACCCGCGCGGAUACCGAUCGACGACCCCCAGCCAGCCGGCGACCGUAACGCCCAAGCCGAACCGUAUCUCCGCCUGGGGCAUUAUCUCGAUCGUGAUGUUCGUCAUCAUGAUCGGCGCCGGUGCCUACUGGGGCUUCAUCUGCUAUCCGCUGUUCUGCAAGAAGGAACGCAACUACAACAUGAUGAUGAACAUGUCCUCGGCCACGACCGCCACCCCCACGCGAUCCACUGAGUUCGAGAAGCUCGAAAACUACUGCUCCAAAUCGACCACAUCCAGCCGAAGCAACGACACCGGCAUCAGCAACAUCUAGCGAUCUUCCGCUGCUCAAGCACAACCUACUACUAGCUGAUAAGAGAGAGAGAGAGCUUCAAAAUAUCAACUUAAAUUUUCGGCUUGCCAUACGAACAACUAAGAAAUUUAGGAAAAA